UAUUUUUCAACAAUACAUUUAUAUAUAUAUAUAUAUAUAUAUAAUUGUUACAAGUACAUGCGGGUCAUGUAAUAAUUCAAUUUAUGUUGUGAUAGUUGCAUAACUGUGACAGAGAUAAAUAAUUUAAUACGCAUUGAUUCCACAACUGAAAGGUACAAAAUAUGAACAAAGAUAUUUAUAUAUUAAUUCGACCCUGUUUUCUUUCCGCGAUCUCUUUUUGCCAAAUAUAUAUUUUCGUAAAAACAUAUUAUAAUACAAAUUCUAAAAUAAGUAAUAGGCAAGUUAAGAAAGAAGUCUAUACUUUUCCAAUAUUAUAUAGAUAAAAUAUAUAUAUCGAGUUUUAUGUAUAAAGGAAUAUAUAAGACAGGAAUGAAUCAGAUAUAAUUUUUCUUCGAAUCUUCCUGCGUAAAAUACUCUUGUACCGUCAUUACUGCGACAUUUUAUUUCGCGAACGACGACGUUCCAUGCAAGUCUCAUGUAUAUUUUAGGAAACUCCUAUGAGGCACGUAUUACAUAACGCGGAUUAAAGUACAUUAUACUCUGUAAAAGUCAACGUAAGAGUGCCUGACGACGUUUAAGCAUAUGCGUCAUAGACACAGGUCGUAAACAGCGAGCGAAAUUUGUAGACUUGUUCUGCUUUUACCCCGUUCGGACGAUAGCGAGAUUAUCGCUGGAAUUGCAUGCUGACGCAAGCGAACGAGAGGAAAAAGGAGAUGGAAAUUGCGAGAGGAAGUGGAGAGACGCAGAUAUAAGACCACCAGGUUACGGUGAAACGUUCCGUGGUUGCGGAUUGCGAAUUUCAUUCAUUAUACAUUACGUUACUUUUCUCUCUUUCUACGGACAUGGAGAUAUUGGAGCAUGACACUUUCAGUCGUUUAGUUGCGCUCACGAAUAGAGACUCCGGAACGACUUUGCGCAAUUAUUUUUUUUUCUUUAAUUGCGUUCGCCGUCGUAAUGAUUUCGAAUGACGGAGAAAUUUUUUAUUUACCUGUUUUUUUUGCAUAAAUGUAUUUUAUCGCGCUAUUAUGUACGUUAUUUGCAAGACAGUUUUAUUUAUUCCACGCGCGCAGAUAGCUUGAUGAAUUAAUUAAUAGUUCUAAAUGUAUACUCGAAAUUUUUCUCUUCGAUACCAGUUUACCUUUUUACUAACCAGUCGGCCUUGAAGCUUCAGCUUUUAGUCUAUAUGCAUCGCGUUUUUCUAAAGAAUAUUUUAUAUUAGUCGAAUCUUUUUUUAACAUCAAGGUCGAACUAACAUACACGUAUAUACUUAUACGAUGUUAUACGCCAUUAAGAAGCUUCAUACACAUGAUCAAUUUUUAUUUAUAUCUCGAUAAAAGAGUGCAAUAAUGUGCGAGAAACCACGUAUCGAAAAUUAAAAAUGUGUACUGCAUUUUUGCUGUAUAAAUCUUGCAAUUCCUUUUAAUUUUAGAGUUAAUUACAAUUAUUUUAUUUUAUUCCGUUAUCUUAUUUACAAUAAGACGUACGAUGAUUAUUGGAACGCAAUCAAAUAUUUUUUCUCAGAUACAGAGAUAGUCGCAUCUAAUAUAAAACAAACAAAAACGUGAUCUAGGCAAGACCACGUUCAUAGCAUUAAUAAUAAAUGUCAAGCGUGAAUCUGCAGAUCUCUCCGCUUCUGAUCUGUAUAUAAUUUCACGAUUUCUCUCUCCUUUCUUCGAAUCGCGAACGUUUGUUAUCUCGCUUUAAGUCUAGAGAGUGCGAUUAAAGUAAAGGGAGCAGAGCGCUGUUAUUUUUCGCGCGCAAGGAAAUGACGUCACCGAGCACAGGCAGAGGGGAGAGCCUGGGCGAAGAGGUGUAGAAGAAGAGGGAAAUUGGCGGGCGCUUGAUCUUGUUGUACUGCCUGUUCGCAAGGAGUGCUAGUGAUCCGCGAAGAAAAUGGCUGAACAUCGUGAACGAGAUGCAACGUACCAUUCGCAAACAGAUCUGCGCUCGAAGAACGAUGACCCGCCGAACUCGCGUCUCUUCGUCAUCUGCCACAAGAGCCUCGAGGAGGAUGAUCUCAGGAAGGCAUUCGAGAAGUUCGGCAAAAUCGAGGACAUCUGGGUGGUCAAGGAUCGUAAUACGGGAGAGAAUAAAGGUGUUACAUAUAUUAAAUUCUCCAAAACGUCGGAGGCUGCGUUCGCUCUGGAGGAGAUGAACGGGAAGAUGCUGGGCUCUGUCGGCAGACCUAUCAAAGUGAUGAUUGCCUCAAACCGAGAUCAGGGUUCGGUACGCGAGACGAACGAAGAGGAGAGAUGGGUUCGACUGUUCUGCGUUCUACCGAAAACGAUGACCGACAGCGAGCUGCAGCAGGAGUUCUCCAAGUUCGGUGCGAUCGAGUACGCCACCGUGGUGAAGGAUCGCAGCACGAACGAGUCCAAGGGCUUCGGUUACGUCAAGUUCAAGAAGGUGUCCAGCGCAGCACGGGCGUUCGAGGAGUGCGACAGGAAGUACAAAGCGGUCUUCGCGGAGCCGAAGAAGCCAAAACCCGAUCAUAACGAUGCCAAAUACAACAAUGGUCUGUCCAACGUCUCGUACGACGGUAGCAGUAGUUCUUACGCCACGUCGAACUUUGGCAAAAGCAGCAUCAGCCUGGAGAUCGCGACCAACUAUUCCAACUCGGAGGGUUAUACGCGUCUACAGGUGAUCGCGCAUCCUGCGCUGAAUCAGGAUCAACUGUGGAAGUUGUUCGACAUAGUACCCGGUUUGGACUACUGUCAUCUGAAGGCCGACGUCAGAUACAGAAUGCCACGCGGUCAAGCGGUGGUGGUGUACAACAAUUCCAGCGCAGCUGCAUACGCGCGCGAGAAGUUUCACGGUUUCGAGUAUCCGCCUGGUCACCGGAUGAUCGUCAAACCGGAUUUGACAAGCGCGCCGCCGAAGAACGCGUCAAAACCGGGUGGUUCGACGGCGACCGGCAGCGUCGCCAACGCGAGGACAGACUUGGCGCAUUUAGCGGAGACAAUCGCUCAAGCGACGUCGUUGAUUCAAGCCGCAGGAUUGACAGCACCGAGCUUGGAUCACAUAUCUGUAAGGCUGCCGCCUGCGCAACCGAUGGCGAGUAUCGACGCCGAAGUGGCCAAGAGGUGUUUCAUCGUUUGUGGUCCCCCGGUACCGCCCAUCUACGCCAUGAAGGAUGCAUUUUGCAGGUUCGGAAAUCUCAUAGAUGUAUAUAUGUUACCCGGCAAAAACUGCGGCUACGCCAAAUAUUCCAAGGUGGAAAGUGCGAACGAGGCCAUUGAGGUUCUGCACGGACAAGAGAUCUGCGGUUCUCGACUGAAGGUGUUAGAGGCGGAGGAACGAAACGUCGGCGAAGACCGGCGAAAACGAUUACGGAUGGAUGAAGACGAGAAUUGAACGGGUUCUUAAAAAAUUCGUAUCUCACUGACUGGUAUACACAAGCCGGACGCACGCAACAAAAAAGAGACGAAUUUAAAGACUACUCACUUGACCACAUCAAGGGCCUGCAUCCAGGGAAAACUACUCCAACUACCUACCUAUAUAUAAUAUAUAUAUAUAAUAUAUAUAUUUAACUGUUCGCUUUACGUUCGUGCAACAACAUUACUGAAACCUUUAACUGCUACUCUACUAUUACUACUACUACUUUUAUCCUCUUACAUGUUCGUUCGCACAUGAUUUAUAGCGUUCGCGCGCGGAGGACUCGUACGUGUUUCUGUUAUUUUAAGAGGCUUGUGCGAACGGUUGAUUUCGUUGAGCGUUCGUUCGCUGUGCACCUAGUAAACGCAUGGAUCCCAGGAACGUCCUAUGUGUGCAUUUUCUACACUCGAACUGCAGGACUUUUUGAAAGUCGGAGGAAACGAAGCGUACCUACCGAUGCAUGAGACGCACGUACCGAUUCGUUUCCCGCGAUAGCUUUCCUCUUUUUAUUCCGAUUUAUAGCUUUAUUUGUGUAGAAGGUUAUCUGAUUAUUGACGAUACAGAUCGUAUUUUCUCAGAUGGUGAACCGUCCGAGCUAUUUCAAUUAAAAGUCGCUUUAAUUUGACGACUUUGUAAAAAAAGGAUAUAUAAUGACAUAAUUAUAUGUAUGAUUAUAUUAUAUG